GUAGUGUUGCUAUCUGCCCAGUGUAGAGAGUGUUGAGUAACAGAGCUUCAUUCUAAACCUUUUACUGUUCUUCUCUUUACAACUGACUAACAUGUCAAAAAUACUGGACAUUAAUGACUUGAUCAAUGUGAUACAACGGUUAGAGGAAACACGUUUUGACAAAACUAAAUGGAAGAAAUUAGGAGGGACACUUGGACUGAGUAACAAUACACUGAAAAUGAUCAAUAAAGAUGAAAGCGGUGAGACUGAAGAUUGCUUUAGAGAAUGCCUUGGAGGAUGGCUGAGAAGAUCUGAUAAUGUUGAUAAAGUUGGUAAACCAUCUUAUGAUACACUGGCUGAUGGUCUUGAUAAAAUAAAUGGCUGUACAACUCAAGCUGAAUAUAUAAGAGGUUUGACAGAAGGAAGGAAACCAGCUAAAAGGCCAAAACUUGACCCCACUAGUACUAAGAAAAGUGAUGCUGGAUACAGACACAAUGAUGGAGGAGCUCAAGCAAUUACUGGUAUUGAGGAUAUUGAUGGAACUGUACAAAAAGACCCACCAAAAUGGCAGUAUAAUGAUGAAAUCGUGAAACGUGUCCCUAAAACCCAAAAGUUUACUAAAAGUCUUGUUAAAGAUAUUGAAAUCCUACUCAUGCCAGCCACUACAAGUGAAGAGGAUCCAGUCGUGUAUUAUCUGAAGCAAUCGUCUAAAAAGCUCAUUGAAACUGACAUUGAUGGUCUGAGGAUAUUCAUAGGGAAUUAUGGAAAAAGCAAGGUCAUUGUUGUGAUGACCGCACCAUCUAAGAGCAGGCAGGGUCCAAUUCACGCUGGUGUCAUCACCUCAAAAAUGUUAGAAAAUUUUCCGAGCAUCAAAUAUAUUGUUGCUGUUGGUGUCUGUUUUGGAAUGGAUCCAGGAAAGCAGAAACUAGGUGAUGUUGUGAUUUCUGACAUGAUCUGUGAUUUCACAAAUAAACGUGAAGGAGUAGGUCAAAAUGAGUAUCAGAGAGGCCCUCAUCCCGAUGUAAAGCAAGUUAUUCUACACAAAUUCCGACCUCCUCAUGGUUUUAAAAUGCUACAUAAUAUUACAGUUUCCAUUGGUGUCCUUAUAUCUACAGGCAGUCUGAUCGAUAAUCCUGAUGUUAAACAGGAAUUACUUGCCCAAAAACCUCAUGCUAUUGCAGGAGAAAUGGAAGGAGCUGGAAUAAUGACUGCGAUUGAUUAUGCCCCUGAACAUGGUGUUAGUGCUAUUGUUAUCAAGGGUAUUGGGGAUUGGGGUGAUGGUGACAAAGAAGCCACUAAAAAAUGGAAGCCAUUUGCAGCCCGUGCUGCUGCCCAUUACGUACAUGCUGCACUAAAUGACUGGGAACAACUAACUGACUGAACCUAGACUAGUUCUAGUAAUUAUAAUAUUGAUAAUCCAGAUAAGUAAACAAAUCUUUGUUUGAACAAAACUAGUAGCUGAAAGUAAAUUAUAAUUGAUCCUUAUGUAAUCAUAAUGUUUGAUAAUGAUAACAGUUUGUUGAAAGGAAUUCUUAGUAAUGCAUUACUGUGUGUUUGUUGUGAUAAACUCAA